UCCAGAUCACACCCAAUCAUCGUCCUCACUCUUAAGUUAAACUGCUGCGUACACUAUUCUCUUCCCCACCGUCGGAAAUUUCAUCUAAAAAAACUCGGUAAAACCCUAAGACUUUCUCUCACACUCUCUCGCAAUGGAGUUCUGGGGUGCUGAGGUUAAAAGUGGACAAAAAUUUAAGGUUGAAUUGGAGAAUGAUGGCAGUAGGAUCCUGCAUCUGUCACAGGUUGCUCUUGGUGAGGUGACUGGUGAUAAAAAGAAAGAGAAAGGAGACGAAAGCAUUUGUAUCUACCUCAAAUUCAAAAAUGAGAAGUUUUUAAUUGGAACACUUUCCCAAGAGAAAUUUCCCCAGAUACCAUUGGAUUUGGUGCUGCAUGACCAAUUUGAACUGUCUCAUACCUGGAAAAGUGGUAGUAUCUAUAUCACUGGGUAUUAUGUUGAUACAACUCAAGGUGGUGAUACCGAGUCUGAAGAGGAGCUCCCACAACCUACAAUUAAUCUCACAAAGCCUCAGGCUACAGCAUCUGAUCCUACUGCAUCACGGCAGGUUAAGAUUGUGGAACCAAAAAAAGAUGAGGUUAGCAGUGAUGAUGAGGAUGAAGAUGAUACUUCUGGUGAGGAUGAAGAAUCCAGUGAGGAUCAGGAACCUGGCAUGCCAAUUAAUGGUGAGAAGGAAAGUGAUAGUCAUAGUGAUAUGGGCAGUGAUGAGGAUGAUAGUGGAGAAGAAAGUUCAGAUGAGGAUCAAGAGACACCUGAAUUGUUUAAGGCUGGACCAAGCAAGAAGAGAUCUGCAGAGCUGGCUAGGAAGACCCCUGCUCCGGAAAAGAAGGUGAAGCUAGAGCCUCCCCAAAAGACAGAGUUUCAAGUCCUCGGUGCAGAUGGCAAGAAAGUGGGUGGACAUACUGCAACCCCUCACCCCUCGAAGCAAGCUAAAAAAGCUUCAGCUGCUACUUCUCAGGCGAAGCAGACUCCAAAGUCUGGUGGUGGUUCAUUCCCUUGCAAGUCCUGUGGCAGGACAUUUGGCUCUGAGAAUGCUUUACAAUCUCACUCCAAGGCAAAGCACGGUGCUGCUGCAGUGUAAAAAAAUGAGUGGUGGUUGAAUAUUUUGGUAAUUUUGGAACGGACAAAUGGAGCCAUUAUGAACAUUUGAAACGUUUAGUUUAAAGCAGAUGUAUUUGAUGUAGUAGUUUCGUUAAUUGCCCUAUGUUUGAGAUUGGUACUUGCUAUGUCAUUUGCAAAUAAUUAGGAAAUGGACUUAACUACA